AUGCGCGCAACCAAAACAGCGGCCCGACUCGUUUCUCCCCACUUCACCCGAGAUUUAUCAACAGUAUCUAGAGCUCGAGGAUCAGGUCUUCAGAUAAAUUCAGAUCGGCUAUGGGAAACACUGCACGAGACAUGCAAAUGGGGUGCAGCGAACCGAUAUGGCGAGUAUCCUACGGACACUGGCAUGUCCCGAUUGACACUAUCAGAUGAUGAUGCGCGCGUCCGACGGUGGUUUGCCAGCGAGGUCGAAAAGUUGGGAUGCACCCUCACCGUCGACCAGAUGGGGAACAUGUUCGCGCGUCAAAGUGGUCAAUUGAAGUCGCCAGCACCGAUGACAGCGAUGGGAAGCCAUCUUGACACUCAACCCCGGGGUGGUCGAUAUGAUGGGAUUUUGGGCGUGGUUUCUGCAUUGGAAGUUCUACGAACCAUGCACGAGAACGGGUUCAAGACAAACUAUGAUGUCGGAGUAGUCAACUGGACAAACGAGGAAGGGGCUCGGUUUCCAAAAUCGAUGUGUUCUUCUGGCGUUUGGGCUGGCGCGAUUCCGAUCGAAAAAGCCUGGAAUUUGACCGACAUUCACGACUCAAAAGUCACACUAAAAUCUGAAUUGGAACGCCACGGAUAUCUUGGAGCAACUGCGUGUUCGAGUGACCCAGCUACUGGCUUCCCAUUGGGCGCCCAUUUCGAGUUGCAUAUCGAGCAAGGGCCCAUAUUACCUGAGAACGGCAGAUACAUAGGAGUAGUCCAGGGAGCGCAAGGAUACAAAUGGCUGACUUUCACCGUGACUGGGAAAGAUGCGCAUACGGGAACGACGCCUUUCAGUGCGCGUCAUGAUCCGUUACUCGCAGCAUCGAAGAUGAUCGUGGCUUCUAACGCAAUUGCCAAACGACACGGCGCGUUGGCCUCAACCGGAAUUAUCAAAGUACCCUCGAAUGCCUCUACGAAUACAGUUUCUUCGGAAGUUGUUUUCACCUUGGACGUCCGCCACCCAGAAGAUGGUGUUGUGCAUGCCGUUGAGCAGGAGUGCCUAGAAUCGUUUGCUCGCAUCGCGACUGAGGAUGGGAAAGGCGUCACCUUUGAAUGGACGCUGGAAACGGACUCUCCGGCAGUCAAGUUUGAUGAAUCGGCUGUUGGGGCUGUCCGUAGUGCUGCAGACCAGCUUGUAGGAGCUGGUAAGUGGAUGGAAAUGACCAGUGGAGCUGGUCAUGAUAGUGUGUAUACCAAUCGACACUGUCCCACUGCGAUGAUUUUUGUUCCGUGCCGUGACGGGGUCAGUCACCAUCCAACUGAAUACUGCAAACCCGAAGAUUGUGCCCUUGGUACCCAAACUCUACUAGAAUCCGUUGUAAACUACGAUCAGAUGCGGAUGGAGAAGAGAUAA